UCUAGUGAUAUUGAACCGAAUGUCAAAAUCGUGGGAUACGAUGAUUCCAUGAUGAUUCAUGACAGCAAAUAAUUCUCAUCGCUACUUAAACAAAACACAAAACAACCGCAGCCCGGCAAAAUUUUACGAACAUUUAAUAAAUUAUUUCUGCAGUCUGCACUCAACUGCAGGGGCAUAGCGGCGUUGACGGUGCGUUUGGGCGACGUCGAAAUGGACUCGGACAUGGAGGAGGUUGUCGGCAGCCCCGAGGCGGAGGCCAAAACCGGCAUGACAGCAGAAGCAGCCGGCAAAUCGCUGCUUAAACUGGAGAAAGCGAAGAAAGUUCAGAAAGAGUGUGCAAAUGGUACAGGCUCGGGCUCGGGCUUGGGGUCGGGUUCGGGUUCGGGCUCAGGCCCACCCUCACCGGAUCAGAGCUGGCGUGGCGUACCCAUCGAGGAUAUACAUCGGGGACUGCCUCUGUUUCAGCUGGAGCAUAUGGGACCCGUAUCGCCCAGUUCCUUGCACCGCGUGAUGCACAAGCAUCCCAUACGCGAGUCAAUCGAUGUGCCGCCGCGCCCGUUCAAGGGGGCCGGCAAGUGGGACUCGGACCAUGUGCGUCUGCCCUGCGCACCGGAGAGCAAAUAUCCACGCGACAAUGGCGACGGGACCACAACGAUCGGUUCGCGCUGGGAGAUGAUCGAGCGGGCACUGCUGCAGCCGAUUUCCAGCAGCAAACAGCUCCAGGAUGCGAUACUCUCCUACAACACAACGUACAAGGGCAAGUGGAACUUCCGCGCGCUGCACCAGCUGCUCGAGGAGGAGCUGGACGAAAGCGAGAAAAAGGUGUUCUUCGAGGACCUUCUGCCCCGCAUCAUUCGUCUGGCCCUACGUCUGCCCGAUAUCAUUCAGGCCUCCCUACCCCUGCUCAAGCAGCAUACGAACAGCAUGAUAACACUCACCCAACAACAGAUCUCGUGCCUGCUGGCCAAUGCCUUUCUCUGUACCUAUCCGCGCCGCAACACGCUCAAGCUCAAAUCGGAGUACAGCAGCUUCCCGGAUAUCAAUUUCAAUAGGCUCUACCAAUCGUCGGGUUCUGCAGUAAUGGAGAAGCUCAAGUGCAUUAUGCACUAUUUCCGGCGCAUCUGUCCCACAGAACGGGGUGACGGCAAUGUGUCCACCGGAUGUGUGACAUUUUUUCGGCGCAGCGUCAAGCCGGAUCGAACGACGAUUUGGAAUGAGGUAACGGAGUCGCUAGGCGACGUACCGCUACAUGUGAAUUCGGCCGGAACGAUCGAGGACCAGGGCCUGGGCCUGCUGCAGGUGGACUUUGCCAACAAGUAUCUGGGCGGCGGCGUGCUCGGUCACGGCUGUGUACAGGAGGAGAUCCGCUUUGUGAUUUGUCCGGAACUGAUGGUGAGCAAACUCUUCACGGAGUCCCUCCGCCCCACCGAGGCGCUGAUGGUACUCGGUGCGGAGCGGUAUAGCAAUUACACCGGCUAUGCCGGCAGCUUCACUUGGUCCGGCAACCACGAGGAUUUGACGCCGCGGGACAGUUCGCGACGCCGCCAGACGGCGAUUGUGGCCAUCGAUGCGCUUCAGUUUGCCAAUGCCACACAUCAGUAUCGCGAAGAUUUGGUGGAGCGGGAGCUGAACAAGGCCCACACCGGCUUCAUGCACGCGCUGUCUAGCGAGCCGCCGGGCGUGGCCACUGGCAAUUGGGGCUGCGGUGCCUUUGGGGGCGAUGCCCGUCUCAAGUCGCUGCUGCAGCUGAUGGUCUGCGCCACAUUACACCGUCCGUUGGCCUACUACACCUUCGGCAACAUCCGGCUGCGCGACGAGCUGCAUGAGAUGUGGCAGCUGUUCCGCAGCCAGGGCACCACCGUGCGGCAGCUCUGGACCGUGCUGCGUCGCUUCGACUACAGUCUGCGCUCCAACCCAUCGCAAUCGAGCCAGCCGGCCGCCAAGCCGAAUCUCUAUGACCAUAUACGCGAUGAACUGAUGAAGAAGAAAACGCCGCCAUCAUCAACGUGCUCCACACCGCAGUCGAUCAAGAAGCUGCCGGCCAGUAAUGAACAGAGUCCAGACUUGUUUGCCUCGCAGGACGAUUCGACAAGCUCUCCGGCCGUUCUCCUGCUCUCCGACGAUGAAGAGGCCAAUGCCAUGAUGAUGGCCGCCAGCCUGGAGGCCACGCCCAGCGAGAGCAGUCAGGCAGGAGCAGCUGCAUCAGCAGCAGGAGGAGACUCACCACCGAAGGUAGCUGCUCCUAACCUGCGACAGCUGUCGCUUCUGGAUAUGCUAGACGGCCACUACGAUCAGGGCCAGGCCUCGAAGCGUCCGCGUCCCCCCCACAGCGGACCCACGGGCCAAGGGCCGGCCAAGAGUCGCAAGGAAAAUGAUGACGAUGGGGAGGCCCCACCACGUUAAAGGGCCACGUUUGCUAGGGUAGGCGGUGGGGGAUUUUGACUAAGUGAUAUUAUUCUAAAAGGUUUUUAAACACAUAAACACAUCGAGAGAGAGAAAAAGAGAGAGAGAGAGAAAGGAACACGACUUCUUAAAAACCUAUAUUUGCAAACAUGAAACUGGUGGACAUUCUCGUUUCUGUUUCCAAUAAAGCUAUUUGCUUUUAUAAGUUGAGAAACGUUUCUCGCCCUCAUAGCAUAUACACAGAUUAUUCGUUCGGUUCUUGUAAUUGAGCAAAGGCCUACUACACCACGCAACACGCUACUCGUACAGAAGAAGACCUUCUUCUGCUCCUCCUCCAUUGUGGCUCGCCUUCAGUCUCAAAGACGAUCGGCGCAAGCAUAAUGAUUCAUGAGUUGAAGAAAGUACAAGCUAGAACAGGUUCUUGCAGGUGCACCGAAUCGUUGAAGACAUCUCGUCGAUCCGAAGAUGCUCUCGCUGUGUGUGUGUCUCGUCGGGUUCAUCAUCGUAGCUCACUCACAACGCGGAUAUCUUUUCUUCUGUUAUAGUAAUUACAUUUGCAUUUAGUAGAUAUUUUUCGUAAAGAAAACUUUACGGAAAGGCCAUCUCCACCUAUCUAAUUAUACUUUCAUGCUCCCUCUCCCUCUCUCUUUCUCUCUCUCUCUCUCUACCCAAAAUAUAUAGUUUAGAAAAUAGUCAACAACUAUACUGAUAUACGGCACAUACAUACAUACCAUAUGUACUCGUAGAAUGUAUAGAAAUCUAGAUGAACUUAGUACAAGUGUUUUUUUUUGUUUUUUUUGUGAACCCCAAGAACUUUGACGAUCCAUAAACUUUAUUCAUUGAGCCCCACACUGAUGCACACACACACCCAAACGACAAUGACACCAACACCAACACCAACACCAACAACAAGAACAACAGCUAAAACAAAAUGCAUAUAUAGUAUAUAACCACAUGUAUCUGUAGAAAAAAUCAAAGAACAAAGGGAAAUCAA